AUGAAGCUCAUUGCGGGUCUCCUGCUGCUCUUCACAGUAACUUAUUUCUGCACCAGCUCGGAAGUUAUCAGCCACCCAUUAGCAACGGUGGACUGUGACAUUUACAAGAAGUACCCAGUGGUGGCCAUCCCUUGUCCCAUUGAAAACACGCCAGUCUGUGGCUCUGACUACAUCACCUAUGGGAAUAAAUGCAAGUUGUGUACAGAGAUCUUGAGAAGUAAUGGAAAAAUUCAGUUUCUUCGUGAAGGGCACUGCUAACUUCUCCAUGGACAAAGAGAGAACGGUGAUGCCGCCAUCGUGUGCAUUGUGUGUCGGCUCUGAUGGAC